AAACGUCGACCGCCUCUUCACCCUCUACACCCUAUCCCACCCCACCACCUGGCAACUCCCCUCCAACAUCUCCACAAACUCCAACCUCUUCCUCGCGGAUAACACCCUCAUCGACGCCUCCACCCCGCUCCUUCCCUUCCGCCGCACCCCAGACGCCUUCUGGAGCAUAAACGAGUGCCGCGACACCGCCGUGCUAAGCUAUGCGUACCCAGAGACGCAACGGUGGAAAUUCGCGUCGGACGAGUCGUUUGCGGCGCAUGUGGAGGGCGAGGUGGCGAGAUUGUACGGCGGGCGGGUGCGUGAGCAGGCGGUGCAGAAAGUGGUGGUGGAGGAGGAGGAGGAGCAGAGUAGUGCGUUUGGGGGGUUGCUUCAGCGAAAUGGGGGUAGGUAUACGGAUUGGGUUGUUGAGACGCGGGUUAGAGGGGGAGCGGUGAGGGGAACGUUUCGAGUGCAGUUUUCGCUGGGGGAGAUGGAUGCCGGAGCGUGGAUGGUGUUGAUGCCUGCUGUAAGGAGAGAUGAAGUCUUGGGUGGGAAGGGGGAGGGGAAGGAGAUGGUGGGGACGACGAGUUUGACGGGGUUAUUGGUGGAGUGUGUGAAUAAUGGGACGUUGGGGGGACUGGACGAGGAGGUUGUGCUGCCGUUUCUCCAGGGGAGACUGAGGUGGUGGGUGUUGGAUGAUGCCGGCAAGAGAAUGACGAAACUGCAAGGUGGCGCGGUGAAUGUCACGCUGGUUAGUACGGAAGCAAGGGUUCCGGUGGAUGAGGGAAAGCCGAUUGAGUAUUCAGAGAUUGUGCGUAGCUACCCGGGGGUUGUCAGGGAGAAGGUAGAUGGGUGA